GCCGUGGGGCCCCGGGGCCGCCGCUUUGUCCCCCUGCUCGGGCAGGGGCCGGGGGCGCGGAGACAGCUGUGCGUCCGAGCACCUCCCUGCGCGCGCGGCGGGCUGCCUGGAGCGAGCUCGGGAGCGGGGCGAAUGGUGCACGCAGCCCCCCAGGGGGCCGGAGGGGUUGGCCGGUUGGUGAAAGCGGGAUCGGGGGAGUGGGGGUCCCCUUGUGUCGUUCGGCUGGCGGCCGGGAUCCUCGCCAGGCUCCCGAAUUGCCCCCCGGCUCCCCCACCCCCGACGGAAAGUUUGGGGCGGGCUUGGACCAAGGCCGAUGUUGUGGGAUCGAAUUUCCCUGCCGCGGCCCCCCGCCCGCCCGUUCCGCUGGGGAGGUGGGUCGUCCCGGAAAGCCAGGCCCCCGGCCCCCGUCGGCCACCCUGUCCCCGGCUAGAGCGCUGCCGUCCACGGGCGGCCGCUCGGGGUGGGCAGUGGUGCGGUGCGCGCCGCCUGGACCCCGCACCCUUCCACCCCCUACCGCCUCUGGCUACCCGUUUCCCCCGCCCUGGGAGGAGCUGGGGGUGGGGGCGCCGCUGCGCGGGCGGGUCCUUGGAAGGAGCGCGCCGCGGGAUCCAGUCCUAGCCUGGGGGCAGCUGGCCUGGAGCUGGAGCUUAGAGCCGGGGCGUGUGUCAUGGCCCCGCACUGGGCCGUCUGGCUGCUGGCAGCAGGGCUGUGGGGCCUGGGCAUUGGGGCUGAGGUGUGGUGGAACCUCGUGCCCCGGAAGACAGUACCUUCUGGGGAGCUGGCCACGGUAGUGCGGCGCUUCUCGCAGACGGGCAUCCAGGACUUCCUGACACUGACCCUGACCGAGCAGACCGGGCUCCUGUACGUGGGGGCCCGUGAGGUCCUAUUUGCCUUCAGCGUGGAGGCUCUGGAGCUACAAGGAGUGAUCUCCUGGGAGGCCCCGGCUGAGAAGAAGGUUGAGUGUUCCCAGAAAGGAAAGAGCAAUCAGACGGAGUGCUUCAACUUCAUCCGCUUCCUGCAGCCCUACAACGCGUCCCACCUGUAUGUGUGCGGUACCUACGCCUUCCAGCCCAAGUGCACGUACAUCGACAUGCUCACCUUCACUCUGGAGCGCAGAGAGCCGGAGGACGGCAAGGGGAAGUGUCCUUACGACCCAACCAAGGGCCACACUGGCCUCUUAGUGGAUGGGGAGCUCUACUCGGCCACCCUCAACAACUUCCUGGGCACGGAGCCUGUUAUCCUGCGUAACAUGGGGCCUCACCACACCAUGAAGACCGAGUACCUGGCCUCCUGGCUCAACGAGCCUCACUUUGUAGGCUCCGCCUACAUCCCUGAGAGCGUGGGGAGCUUCACGGGGGACGAUGACAAGAUCUACUUCUUCUUCAGAGAGCGGGCCGUGGAGUACGACUGCUAUGCUGAGCAGGUGGUGGCUCGAGUGGCCCGCAUCUGCAAGAGCGACCUGGGGGGAGCGCGGACCCUGCAGAGGAAGUGGACGACGUUCGUGAAGGCGCGGCUGGUGUGCUCUGCGCCCGACUGGCAGCUCUACUUUAACCAGCUGCAGGCCACGCACACCCUACAGGGCGCCUCCUGGCACAACACCACCUUCUUUGGGGUUUUUAGGGCACGAUGGGGCGACAUGGACCUGUCGGCAAUCUGCGAGUACCAGCUGGCAGACAUCCACCAGGUGUUUGAGGGCCCCUACAAGGAGUACCGGGAGGAAGCCCAGAAGUGGGGCCGCUAUACCGACCCGGUCCCCAGCCCCCGGCCCGGCUCGUGCAUCAAUAAUUGGCACCGACGCCAUGGCUACACCAGUUCUCUGGAGCUGCCUGACAACACCCUCAACUUCAUCAAGAAGCACCCGCUGAUGGAGGAGCAGGUGCGCCCUCGCUGGGGCCGGCCCCUGUUGGUGAAGAAGAACACCAACUUCACGCACGUGGUGGCCGACCGGGUCGCGGGGCUGGAUGGAGCCACCUAUAUAGUGCUGUUCAUUGGCACAGGAGACGGCUGGCUGCUCAAGGCCGUGAGCCUGGGGCCCUGGGUCCACAUGAUCGAGGAGCUGCAGGUGUUUGACCAAGAGCCGGUGGAGAGCCUGGUGCUGUCCCAGAGCAAGAAGCUCCUCUUCGCUGGGUCCCGCUCCCAGCUGGUUCAGGUGCCCCUGGCAGACUGCGCCAAGUACCGCUCCUGUGCAGACUGUGUCCUCGCCCGGGACCCCUUCUGUGCCUGGAACGCCAACACCAGCCGCUGCGUGGCCGUGGGCGCCCACUCCGGAUCCCUGCUGUUGCAGCAGAUGAACACCUCGGACACCUCAGGCGUCUGUAACCAGCGGGGCGGUAAGAAAGUCAGGCUCACUCCCAAGAACAUCACCGUGGUGGCGGGCACAGACCUGGUGCUGCCCUGCCGCCUCUCCUCCAACCUGGCUCACGCCCACUGGACCUUCAGGGGCCGGGACCUGCCCGCCGAACAGCCCGGCUUCUUCCUCUCGGAUGCCCGACUCCAGGCCCUGGUGGUGAUGGCUGCCCAGCCCCACCACUCCGGCACCUACCGCUGCUUUUCAGAGGAGCAGGGGGCGCGGCUGGCUGCUGAAAGCUACCUUGUGGAUGUCAUGGCGGGACCCUCAGUGACCAUGGAGGCCCGGGCCCCCUUGGAGAACCUGGGGCUGGUGUGGCUGGCCGUGGUGGCCCUGGGAGCUGUGUGUCUGGUGCUCCUGCUCCUCGUUUUGUCACUGCGCCGGCGGCUGCGGGAAGAGCUGGAGAAAGGUGCCAAGGCCGCCGAGAGGACCCUGGUGUACCCUCUGGAGCUGCCCAAGGAGCCCACUGGCGCCCCCUUCCGGCCUGGCCCUGAAACCGACGAGAAACUUUGGGAUCCGGUUGGCUAUUACUACUCCGAUGGCUCCCUCAAGAUAGUGCCUGGACACGCCCGGUGCCAGCCUGGAGGUGGGCCCCCCUCUCCUCCUCCUGGCAUGCCCGGCCAGCCCCUGCCUUCUCCGACGCGACUUCACCUGGGGGGUGGGCGGAACUCAAACGCCAACGGCUACGUGCGCUUACAACUGGGAGGGGAGGACCGGGGAGGCCUUGGGCACCCCCUGCCUGAACUCGCCGACGAACUGAGACGCAAACUGCAGCAGCGCCAGCCCCUGCCCGACUCCAACCCCGAGGAGUCAUCAGUAUGAGGGCAGCCCCGCCACCGCAGUGGCGGGGGGCACGUGGGAGGCGCAGCUCCUACUUUGCACAGGCACCAGCUACCUCAGGGACAUGGCACGGGCACCCGCUCAGCAUGGGCACUGCCACUUGGUGUGGCUCACCAGGACACCGGCCUCACGGGAGGCGUCUUCCUCCUCUCUGUGGAUCACGGACAUGUGGGACCCCAGCCGCCAAAACCUUCCAAGGCAGAAGUUUCAAGUUGUGUGUGUGUGUGUGCGCGUAUUUGUGUUUGUGCGUGUGUAUGUGUGUGUGUGUGCACGCGUGCACAUGUGGCGUAGCCUUUCUGUUCAGUCUUCCCUUGGCCUGGGGUCUCCCUGGUGAGUCACUGGAGCUAUGAAGGGGAAGGGGUCGUAUCGCGUUGCCUCUCUUACCCCCACCUGUCCCAAGCGUGGGGCAGUGCUGUACAUAUGGGGGUGGGGUGGGCAGGGUGCGGUACCCCUUUGGGGGAGUGCAGGGCUCCGUUGGGGGGAGAGGGGUGGGCCUGGUCCCGCCCCCAGGGCUGUGAAUGUUUUCAGGGUGGGGGGAGGGAGAUGGAGCCUCCUGUGUGUUUGGGGGCAGGGGUGGGCGGGGCCUCCCUCUUGGCCUGGGUUCAGUGGUAUUUUAUAUUCAUCCUCCCCCCAUCCAGGGCUGGGGAAGGUUGUGCAGGGGCGAGGUGGGCAUAUCCUCUCAGCCCUAGGGGGAGGGCCCCUAACUGUAACUUAUUGUGUCCCACGUAUUUAUUUGUUGUAAAUAUUUGAGUAUUUUUAUAUUGACGAAUAAAAUGGAGAAAAUAAAGCUCUCACGGUAAUGGGGGCUAAGGCA